UCGAAACUACAGACUACAAACUGUUUGGCUGGGGUUCAGUAUACGAUGACAGAAAAUGAUACGCAACCGGUCUGGAAAAAAUUUUAUCAAAUACUAUCUGUAAGUCAUCAAAAUGUGACUUCAGACUUGGUAGAAGAUGUUUUGGACCUGUGUAAAAAGAAACUAGUUUCCGGCCUGUUAGAAUAUAAACAAUAUACAAAGGAGGGAUUUACAGAAUGGAAAGAGCUAUACAAAAAAAUGUCUAUUUCUCAAGAUGAUGAAAUGUGUAGCUUUAUCCAUCGUCUCAGUAAAGAAUUAGACCUCCAUUCUAAUAUUGCAUGGUAUAUAAUCUGCAAUUUCUUAAUAUUUGACUAUUAUGGUAAAGUGGAUGAAUUAAAAUCAAUUAUAAAAUAUGAAACAAAUGUAAAAUCCUUAAUAGACCACAUAUGGUAUUUUUAUUCAUCAGACCGAAUGUUUAUGUUAAAAACACUUAGGUAUAUAUUGGAGAACCUCUCGGAAAAGGACCAUAUGCUUUACAAUCAAUUUAACCAUUUUAUAAAUAGUAUAAACAUUGAACAUCUUUGGAAAAAUUUGUGUGAAAGUUUUGAAAUGCUGACCACAGAAAUAAGUAAGGAUAAAGCUACCAGGGUUUCCAAAGACACUCUAUCUCACUGGAUUCGUAGAAAUAAUCGUGAACAAGUGGAAAUUCUAUUGCUAAUGAUCCAAGUUAUCGAUAUAAUUAAAUUGGAUGGCAAAGAAAUUAUUCAUUUGCUUAAAUUAUUUAUGAGGCAUGGAUUUGGAAGACAUCCUUUGUUUUAUGGAGCAUCAUACAUGUUGCGAGCUAAAGAUAUGGCUGACAUAAAAGCUGCUGAAAUAGGAGUGAUCUUAGCCAUUAUACAUCGUUACUGGCAGCAAUCAGAUUUGUGUAAAAUAAUUCCCAAACAACUGGAAACAGAUUUAGAGAUACAACAAACUCAUGGUGACAAUGUAGCUGUUCUAUUUAUUUGGCUUACUUUCAAAUCCACAUUGUCCAAAGACUUUUUUAACUCUUGCAAUAACGCUAUUGAUGUUCUUGUUGAGAAAAAAGUCUUUAAAACGUUGAGUGAUGUGCUGAAAAGCGAAAUAUUUGAGGAUUGUAAAUGUGCUGAAAUAAUUCUUGAAGCAACAAACAAACUGAUGACUGAAUUUGUUAAAGUAUGUGGAAAUGUUAGACUGAUUUAUGAACAAGAUGGAGUAGUUGACAUACUAUGUGAAUUAAUGAAGAAACCUAAUUUGCAUGCUUUAAGUAAUUUUAGCCAAUAUUUUGAAGCCAGUUUAAAUAUCUUUCCAUACAUUAUGAAUCACUUUUUGAAUAUUUGCUCUGCCCUAAUUGAAAAUGAGAAGUGUUAUGAUAUGAUAUUGAAGUUGUUGCACACCAUGCCCAGCUAUUGCAGUGAAUUUAUGUGGGUCUAUACAUCUGAUAUGAUUGUUACAGUGCAAGCAACAAAUCUUUUUAAUGAAACUGAUAGAUUUGUAAUGCCACCUCAUACCACAGCUGAGAGAAGCAGUUGUUAUGGAAAAGAUGUAAUAAAAUUUAAUUAUAAGUAUGAUUUGUUUGACAUGAUUGAUCAAUAUAUAAUAUCAUUAAGCAAUUGGGUACUGGGCAAAGCAUGUUAUAACAAAUUACUUUUAAGUUAUGUAAUUCAGGGAACUACAUUCCUCACUCAUCUAAUAAAAUUCUAUCAAGGAGACUUUAAUAAAGAAACUAUUAUCAAACCAAUACUGCAUAGAUUGGAUGGCAUUCUUACUAAUCACUCUAAUGGAAGUAUGAGAAAUUUAGAGUUAUUUUAUGCAUAUUUUGAAGCAAAAUGUGCUCUGGUGAUGAAGCAAAAUGUUGAGUUUGCAGUCGCAUUUCCGCAAACGGUAAAAAAAAUUAUUUUUCCUACUAUAAGCGACUACCAAAAUGGCAACAGAGAGAUGACCCUCAUUCACAUAAAUACAGACUGCAUUUUAUAUAUUUAUUUGAAAGAUGAGGAAAACACAAACGACCAUAAGUUGCUCUUGCUCUAUUUGGACCUGGUUGCAAAUAUUUUAGAAAAAAAUAUUCUACACAAGGAAGUUAUAUAUCCAGGAAUAUGGUUUGUAGUAAAUGUUGUUUAUCCACUUCACCAACAGUGGAAAUACUCUGACUCUCACCAACAAGCCAAAGUUCUUAAAGGUUGUCUAUCUAUAUUUAUUAGAGCCCUGAGAGUUGUCUCCCUUGAAGGCAAGAGAGAGGAUGCUGAAGAAAUAUAUGAGUUUACAUUAAAAAAUUUAUUGAACAACGACUGCAUAGUAUCAAUCUUCUGUUCACACUUUAUUAAAGAUAAGUUCUACCUCCAAAACAUUAUGAAUGAAGAGUCCAACUGGUUCAAAGGUCCUUCCCUAGUGUAUAUAGAAAAUAUUAGACUCCAAUUAGUGAUUUUGUUACUUCUUUAUAAGUUUAAAAUCACCCAAACUAACAUCAAAUUUUACAUUGACCAUAAAACUCAUAUGCUAUCUAAAGCAGCAUGCGCUUACUUCGUUAAUGCAUAUAGCUGCCCUAUAGCACUAUUAUCAUGCAAGUUUCUAGAAAUUUUGGCACGGGAUGAAAAUGUUCCCCUAAUGGCAUGCUUGGGAUUAGACGGUGACCAACUUCAAAUCUUAUUCUUAGACCAACUAAGAGACCCAAUGCAAGAUGAAGCAAUCAAACUAAAUAUUUUAAAUCUCCUAAGUACCUGCAUAUUUUAUCAAAAUGGUAUGACAGCUGCACUUUUUAACGUCCAGUGCUCCAAGAAGUGGUACAUUGAUUCAAAAACAAAGCAACUAGAUGGAGAUACAUUAGGAGACUUCAUGAUUGAUUAUCUUGAGAAUAUCAAGAAGUCUGUUCAAUACUUGAAAAACCCAUUGCAACUAGGUGUUCUUAAGGUGAUGGCAAAUUUAUGGUUAACUGGUAAACAACACUUGAUUAAAGAUGUAACAGCACUGGAUUCUUUUUGGUUAUUACUCGCUGACCCACUGUUCAGGAAAUUAGAUCAGACACCUGGCGUUUAUGCAUAUAUUCUAAAAAUUUUUAGUAUUGAAUUAGGUGCAUCCUUGCAGAACCCUGAAGGACACGAAAAAUUCUUUGCGGUUGUGGAAAAAUUUCUAACAGACAAAAAAACACUAGAACAAUUACAAAAAUACAUGUUUGAUAUGUUUCCAAGUCAUUACAUCGAACAUGAGAAUCUAGAAGAGCAGGAUGUGUUUAUAAAAUCGUGGACGGAAGUUAUGGUCGCUGCAAGGAAACAGAAAAAAAUUAAAGUAUUUUCAACCGAGGAUAUUAAGUAUCUUUUUGUAUCUGGUGCUUUUGAUGGGAUCAAAUCUGCCUCUAUUAACAUGAAACUCUGGAAUAGUUGGCUGGAAUAUUGUUUGAUUGUUAUAGACUUGUUUGGAUUUGAAUUUAGUGAAAAGCAGAUGGAAUUGGUAGCCAAAUCAAAGCAAUUAUGUUCAGUUGUAAGAUCUAAAUAUAUCAACUCUGGAAUAAAGGAGAGGAGAACAGCUCUAACAAUUAUCUUUAAAAUAAUUAAAGAUUUUAAAGAAUAUUAUGAAACAUCAAAAACAGACUUGCAAUAUUUAUUGGAAGAGAUUGGUUUCAUGAUGGACUAUGAAUAUUCCUUGUUAGAAGAUGUAUGGAGCAAUGACAAAGAGGACCCAAAUUCUGUAAACGAUGAAUCUGGAGUGUGGGCUUUAAUAAUGCUGAUAUCCAACUAUAUUUUGUCUUACGAAUCUGUGAAAGACUGUCAGCUUUGGUUUACUUGUCGAAAAUAUCUAACAAAACUGUUGAAUUGCACGUGUGAUCUACUUGGAUGCAAUUAUACUUUGGCUAUUGGAAAACUUGCCCUCCAUGGUCUAUUGACCUACAUAAAAUCUCCCCUAUAUAUGGAUUUUCUGAAAGUUAAUUUGAAUCCGUUUUACAAUAGCAUUCACCCAGUGAUGACCAAAUUACUUAACAACCCAAAUCUAAAGCUUAAUCCCAAAAGUUUGAAAGAAGGAUGGAUAAUUUUUACAUUGGUAUUAAAGUUACAUCAAAUUUAUGUACAGAAAUUUAAAAUUGAUGCGCUUGAGACUUGUUAUUCCUUUUUAAUUUUAAAUGAAAAAAUACUUGAACACAUAAUGACCCUGCCUGAAACCACCGUCGAUAUAAAAGCUUUGGACUUACUAAUUCAAACUUUAAAAUUUUACGACACAAUGAUCACUAAUUGGAAAACUGACUGGUCUACAAAAUAUUGCUGUACAUUUAAUUUUAUGAUUGGGUCAGUGAGAAAAAUGAUUAAUUCAUGUAUAUACAUUUGCUUAAAACCAAAGCAUAUAGCAUUUUACUAUAUGGACAAAUAUAACAGGAUUAUACCAGUCAAUCAAGAUUCUACAACAAACCAUAAUCUGAUGAUAGUCUCCCUUAAUAGACUAAUAGGAGUUCUUGGUAUAGCAUUCACAUGCCUCUUCAAUUUAAAUCACUCAUUAGUAGACAUGUUCGACUUGUAUCAAACAAAAGAACCUCAAAUAAUCCUAAUUGAAAAUGACUUUAGCGUUCCCCAGUUUGAAAUGCCUAUCCCAAAUGACUUAAAUUAUGGUAAAUUACUCUGUUUGGCACAUUUUCUCUGCAAAACGCUUAACCAAGUAUACCAAAAGAAAGGAAUCUCCCAAGGUCAAAAUAUUGAUGAAAAGUAUUUAGAUUACAUAUGCGUUGUUGAACAUCAAGAUUCCAGUGAAUAUCGACCCAACCAGAAACUUAGCUUUUUUCUGCGGCACACUAUGUAUGAAUAUUCAGGGUUGAUUGAUUCUUGGACAGAAAAUCUAAGUGCUGUAGCAGUUCAGAAGACAUUAGAAGUACUGAUGGCGUUUAUUGGUCAACAAACUUUUAUAAGCGUAGGGGUGCUGGAUCCCAUCAAAGUGGCCUACUUCAAAACAAAUUUGUGCUCGGAGUUGCAAUUUUUUAAUGAAUAUGUCAAAAAAAAAACUUCAUUAUUAUUUGACAAACCUCCGAAUACGAAAUCAAUGUCUUCCUACAAAAGUGACAUGGACAUUGUGAAAAGAUAUCUUAUUUAUCACUGGAAAAACAAUAAACAAGAUGAAGUUGCGGAAAAUAAUUUUUUGUUAAUUUUGUCUUUUUGGUUUAGUAAUAUUUGUCUAAUUCAAUAGCGAUUUUCGUUUAGAUAUCUGUAAAAUAAAUGAUGUAUUAGCUGCAAUCUAUGCCAUGCGUUUGUACAUAAUAAGAAGUCAAUAUUGAGGAAUAGUAAUCGAUUGU